AUGAGGUUUUCGUCGAGGACCCCAAGUAGUGUUAUCCUUGUCCUCUUUGUUGUCGUCCGAGGAUCUCUCUCUCUACCACUGUUCCGAACGGUUGUUCCCAUGGAUACCGGCAGGAGAAGGUUCACAAUUUCGUCGACAACUCUGGGCGGAGGUUCCAACAACCAUGGCAAUCCAUUCAGCAACCACCAUCCUCAUCACACAAGCAACUGCAAAGAUUCUCACAAUAAUAACAACGAAAACUCGGAUCAGAACGACCGACGGAGUGUCCAUUUGAUAGUGCCACGAGCAUGGGCUCGAACGUUGUACAUUUUCUCGGCCUUUAAUCCCUUCUUGGCGGUCUUUUUCAACGAUUACUCGCACAUGGUGGAAUUUGCGCCACACAUGCAAUCCGCGCAACACAUUCGCGUCUUGGCCAAAACCUACCAGACCCUCUUCUUCUUUGCCCGACUCAAGCCACGCGUCUCCUUUGCCAUUGGAGCCGCGCUACGAGCCUUGCAAUUGACCACGGCAUUUCAAUACGUCUUUGAUCCUACCAUUGGCGUGGGAUUCGGAUUGAAUCUAUUGUGUCUCUAUGCCAAAUCAAGAUGGCCAGCCACCAUUGUCUUGGGAUGGGCCAUUUCCAAGCCAUUAUGGAAAGUGCUCGGGGCCAAUCCACCUUCGGGAUUGCCAGUGCCAAUCACUAUUUCACUCAAGCCAAACAAGGAUGCGCCCGUGGCUACCAAAGGAUAUCGAAUUGGAUUAUGA